CUGAGUCAGAUGGGUGGGUUAAGAAAGGACUGGCCCCUUCCGGUUACGUAAUCCUAACAAGAUGGCGGCGCCCAGGGCGUACAUCCACCUGGUGGCCCCGUUAUGGAAUGGGGGUACCAGGGGCAUCCGUGGCAUGAGCAGUGCGGUGGCCUCAGAAGGCAAUCAGAGGAAGUGGGGGAAGCUACUCCAGUUCCUCGCUGACCACUUCUAUGACGUGAAGGCUCUGAGGGAGUACCUGUUCCGAAAGCAGGUAUCAAAGCUACACCAGAAAAAUCGAUCCUUCACCUACAUCAAGGAGCGAUAUGGCCCAUACAUCGCAGGUGCCUAUUUCGUCCUGAAGCAGGGAGGCGCAGUCAAGUUCCAGGGCAAGGAGUGGAUGCGGUCAGGUGGGCAUGGCUACUCCUCUCUUGAGUUCCUGAACUUCCAAGCAAUACCUGUAGAGGCUGUCGAUGCCAGUGACUGUGCCAUCAAUUACCAAGGCCUGGACAACCUCUUGGCCCUGAAGGAACUCCAGUCUCUGUCGCUGCAGCGCUGUCCCCAUGUGGAUGACUGGUGUCUCAGCCGCCUCUACCAGCUGGCCGACUCAUUGCAGGAGCUCUCGCUGGCCGGCUGCCCCCAAGUCUCCGAACGAGGCCUUGCCUGCCUCCACCACCUCCAGAACCUCCGCAGGCUGGACAUCUCAGACCUUCCUGCCGUGUCCAGCCCAGGCCUCACUCGGAUCUUGGUGGAGGAAAUGCUGCCCAACUGCGAGGUUCUGGGGGCCGAGUGGACCGAGGGCCUGAAGUUGGGUCCGGAGGAGCGGUCUCGGGACACGGGCGGCCCCAUCCCUGCCUAGUCUGUGCUGGAUCUCGGCGGCGCUGUGUUGAGUGUCUGACAGUUCUCCAUACUUCUGGCUUCCAGUGGGGCUCACUCAUCGUGGGGGUUGGGGUAGGCUGAGGGCUGUGACACUGGCUGGCUCCACUCUAGGCUGAAGGUCACAGUUCCUGUCAUCCUGUCAGGCAGCCCUUCCUACACAGCUCUCUUUCCAGUUCCAAUAACCCUUCUGCCUCUUCAGGCCUGGGGCAGGUAAGGGCGCCUGGCUGCAAGUAGCCCCAAGGAGCUGCACUCUUCCUUGUGGCCUCCCCACCUUGCCCACUACUGUGUCAAGAGACUCUUCUGAAAUUAUCCUCAUUUAAGUGUGCCGCCGUUUCCUGCCAGGACCCUGGCUAAUAUAGGGGAUGCUACUGGCAUUCCACAGCGAUGGUUAUUCCCUGUGUGGGACUAGUCAGCUCACCGCAGGGUACAGCAUCCCUGUCCCACACUCACUAAAUAUCAGGAGCCCCCAAAAUCCUAUGGGGUUCCCGCUUAUUGAUUUGACUCAGCUCCAAAGUCAACUUUUGUCCUGCUCUGUGAAAAGUGAUACGGUCCUUUGAAAUGUUUUUCCUUUGCUAACUGGCAUGAUAAACUUUGUCAGUAGAGGGCGCUCAAGAGACGCUACAGGAGGCAAGGCUUUUGCUUCCUGGCUCCUGUUCAGGUGUGCUCGCUCUGCAGGUUCCUGCAGUGCAUGUGGCUUCCCUAACCCAGGUAAUCAGCAGCCUCCCACGGCGCCCCCACCUCCCCCCAGCAAGUUCAUAGAGGAGUGCCUCCACUGAGACACCUCCCUGUGAAUGAUUCCACCACACCCCAGGAGGUCGAUUUCCAGUAAAUUCCAAGACACGAUACCAGUCCUUGUCACUUCAGUUUGCUGUUAGUCAAUAAUUCUUGAUAUUAAACUUUCUUUGUUCAGAUUA